GAUUUUGGCUACUUCCUCGGUAGACAAGGGGCUGGGCAGGCUGAGGAAGUGCACUGUUUUGCAGGAGGAGAUCCAGUGCCAGGAGAUACCUCUGCGAGGAAAGAUUAAAGGCUCCAAAAAUAUCCAGGAUGGUGGCAUAGCUAUUGACAGGAAUUCCGAUUGGAUCCUGGCUUGCCUGCAGAAGAAGCACCGCCGAGCCUUCACCACUACCGAGGACAUGAAUGGAGUCUGUACUCUGCUCACCACUGACUUGCGCAGCACAGCUUUCCUCAACCUCACCAAGAUCGUUGAGACCAAAUUAAACAGCAUUCAAAGUAAAAACAGCAGAGACAAGAUGACCGACACCAGCAGCUCUGUCAGCACAGACAUCAGCAGUGCUUGCGGUGAGCUUUUGGGCAGCGCAGGGAACAACCACAUGUGCAAAGAACUGGGAACAGAGAUUGCUGUCAUUCUGGGUGGAUCAGAGAACACCAAGUCAGAUGAUUUCCAAAAUGCCAAGACAUCUAUCCUCAAUAUGAUGAAGUCAAUGUGGCAGAAAUGCUCAAAGAUCAGGUUUGCUGUAGUGCAGUAUGGAGCACAGAUCCAAACUGAACUGAGCCUGCAAGAAAGCUGCAACAGACUAACUGCUUUCUUCAAGGUCCGAAACAUCAAGCAGCAGAGCUCAGGGACUGACAUUGCAGCCACACUGCAGCAUGUGUUGGAUAAAGUCUUUGAUGGAAGCCAUGACUCCAGCCAGACUGGUGACAAGAUAAUCAUUGUCAUGGCAUCUGGGCAAGUGUUUCUGGAAAACCAUAGAUUGAGAAAUGUGAUGAACUCCCUGGAAAUGGCUAUGGUCAAACUCUAUGCUCCUGGGAUUGGAGAGUUCAUUAGCAACCAGUGGGUCCCAGAAGAGUUGCAGAAAGUUGGAAGUGACUGGUUUAUGCUGUCCACAUAUGAAGAUUUUGACAGUUUCCUUUCAGAGUUGGAGAGAGAGACUCUGAAUGGUUCAGCUGCAAAUAUUCCAAUUGAAGCACCAGAGCACAGAAACACUGAUGACAGUGGUGACAGCAAGCUCCCUUCCUGGAUGGAGGAGGACAAAGAGGAAGAGGAGGAAAAUGGCUUGCCUUCUGGAACAGAGAUUGCUUUUAUCCUGGAUGGAUCAGGGAGCAUUGAUCCAGGGGAUUUUGAAAGGGCAAAAGCAUUCAUCCACAAGAUGAUGAAAACACUGUAUGAGAAGUGCUUUGAGUGCGAUUUUGCAGUGGUACAGUAUGGGUUUGAAAUCAGAACUGAGUUCGACCUGAGAGAAAACUGGGAUCCUCAUGCCACCCUCCAGAAAGUACUUGAUAUCGUGCAGGUGUGCAAUGUGACAAAAACAGCAUCUGCCAUGCAGCAUGUCCUGGAUUCCAUCUUCACUGAAAGUCAUGGGUCCCGCAAGGAUGCAGCCAAGGUCAUGAUUGUGCUUACAGAUGGGGAAAUACUCCUGGAUGAAAUGAAUUUGACAACAGUGAUAAAUUCACCCAAAAUGGCAGGAAUCAAGCGCUAUGCCAUUGGGGUGGGAGAUUCCUUCAAAAAACCAAAGGCCCUAAAUGAAUUGCGGCUAAUUGCAUCUGGUCCAGGUGACACUAAUGUAUUUCAGGUGACCAAUUAUUCAGCAUUAGAUGGGCUGCUUUCAACCCUGCAGCAGAGUAUUGUUGGUAUAGAAGGUACUCAGGGUGAUGCUCUGGAAUAUGAGCUUGCACAAGCUGGUUUCAGUGUGCAGAUCUUGGAUAAGCAAGUCUUAAUGUUUGGUGCGGUGGGGGCCUUUGACUGGUCUGGUGGAAUUCUGCUGUAUGAUCUGGCAACGAAGACUGCUGUUUUCCUGAAUGAAUCUAAAGAAGCAGCCAAAAAAGCAAAACACAGUUACCUAGGAUACAGCGUGGCCGUGGUACGCACAGAAUAUGGACCCUUGUACGUGGCUGGAGCCCCACGGCACAGCAUGACAGGGAAGGUGAUGGUGUUUCAGGACAGCCGAUUAAAACAAACCCUGCAAGGAGAACAGGUUGGAUCUUACUUUGGCUCUGAGCUUUGCCCGGUUGAUGUGAACCACGAUGGGGUGACAGAUCUUCUCCUUGUUGGAGCUCCAUUUUAUCAUAUUCAAGGGGAAGAAGGAAGGGUUUACGUCUAUCGCCUGGAGACAGAGACUGGUUCAUUCACCAUGAAAGGACACUUAAAUGUGCAGGUGACCUCUCCUUUUGCAAGAUUUGGGUUUACAGUGGCCACCAUUGGAGACAUCAAUGGGGAUGGAUAUGAGGAUAUUGCAGUUGGAGCCCCCCUUGAAGAUCACCUUUCAUACAGUUCCUCUUUUGGCAGCAUUUACAUCUUUAAUGGUGAUAAAGACAAGAUCAAGAGCUCUUUUUCUCAAAGAGUAAAAGCCUCUGAAAUUUCUUCAGGACUCCAGUAUUUUGGACAAUCCAUUGAUGGUGGCUUUGAUUUCACUAAUGAUGGCCUCCAAGAUAUUACAGUAGGAUCACUGGAGAAUGUGGUUGUGCUCCGCUCGAGAGCAGUUGUCCACUUUCUCACCAGCAUGAGAUUCAACCCUGAGAGAAUCCCAAUUUUCCAAAAUAACAGCAUUGUUACAGCAAAACUAUGUUUUGAUACAAUCUCAGCUUUACCAGUGUCUCAACAAGUGUUUUCAGAGUUAUACAUUCUCUACACGGUGGACUUAGAUGUGAAAAUGGUAAAGAAGAGAUUACAGUUUGAAGAUCAGAACAUGACAACGAGUGGAAAGCUGUUGGUCAGCAAGCACACGUGCUCCGAGCUGCAGCUUUACACGCUGCCGUGUGACUUUGACUGUUUUACCAAUGUUUUCCUGAGAGUUAAACACGAGCUCUAUAAGAAAAAUGAUAACACUGAGUUCGCUGUUCCUGUGCUGGAUAGAUACAAGCCAUCAGAAAUGCAUUUUCAGUUGCCUUACAAGAAGGACUGCAACAACAAGACUGUCUGUACUGCUCAUUUAACUUUGACAAGUCAGAUUCAAAGGGAAUUAGUGGUGGGGCACACUGAAGAAGUGACCAUGAACAUUUCGCUAACAAACAGUGGAGAUGACUCGUACAUGACAACUAUGGUCUUGAACUAUCCUAAAACCCUACAUUUUAAGAAGGUGACUGUUGAGCCAUCCUCUCCUGCUAUUCACUGUGGCCAACCAAUACCAUUAACUUCUGUAGUCUUAUCCUGUAACUGCAGAAUUGGCCAUCCAGUACUCAAGAAGACAACUGCAAAAUUUUCAGUGAUUUGGCAAUUAGAUGAAAGCAUAUUCCAAAAUAAGUCUGCAAUCACCAUUAAUAUCACCAAACCAGUUUCUUUAAUGUACAUGAAUGUUAGCAAAGGACUUCGUGAAAACAAAGAAUUCAAGUUUAAUAUAAAUGGAGAAAAUCGCUUUAACGCUACCAUCAAGUUACAGAUUUGGGUUCCUAUCAGUAUACAAGGUCACAACAUAAUAACGGUCAAAAGUGCAUCAGGAACACAGAAUUCGUAA